AUGCCCUCCCCGCUGCAACAAGUAACAAGCCCUAUGUAUUCAAAUACAUGUGUGUUCCUGGCGGUCUUGGGGCUGGAGGUGGAGAGCACAGAGGUCUCUAAGGCUACACUGGAGGUAUAUGAGCCCUGGAGUGGCAUUAAGCGGUGGCGCUGCGUCCCGCGAUGGCCGCGGGACCCCUCCUGCCAGUGCCCAAUGUCCUGGCUGGAAUUCCUCAAGGCCUCGCACUUCGCGCUGGGGCCCGACCCGCGGCUGCACGUGGACGCCAAGCAGUCCACGUCGCACCGGGACUUUCCCGCCUACCGGAACGUUACCCGUGGGCCGCUGUGCCAGCCGCCGCCCCGCGCGUCCCUCUUCCAACAGGACGCGCGCUGGGCCGGCCCAGAGCUCCUGUCGGAGACGCACUGCGCGUAUGCGCCCGCGUCGCCGCUGCUGUCGAGCGAGCGGGAGCGGGAACUGGCACGGGAGCGCACGGUCGCCAUGCAGGCCAGCAACCUGCACGCGCACGCGGACUCGCGCGCCCGCACCGGCCUCUCCACCGCGCGCGCCCACUUCGGCUGGCCGGCGCUUCCGGAGCGCGCCAGCGAGCAGAUCCGCGGCGCGCGCCUCGUCUUCGACCGCGACUCGGUGCCAUCCCGCGACCGAGCCAAGCUGCCCAUCCCGCCCACCGCGCACCAGGAGUUCUUUCCGCUCCACGGCAUUUGCCCGAAGCCCCGCGAGCCUUCCUGCCACUUUGGUGACCCUGCGACCUUAAUAUGGGAACACAGGAGACAGGAUGACAGCACCUCCUACCAGAGACAGUUCCAGGCCCUUCCAGGCCCACCUGCCUUGACGUGUAAGAGGGCCUCCUCCAGCAUAGAACUGGGAGACUUCAAGAUUGGCUAUGAGCCCAUGUGUGCAGAGCAGAAACAAGCCUACAGGCCCCAGGUUCUGCCCCCAGACAGGUAUGACAAGGCCCAGGCCUCAGCCCACAUCCACUGUGUGAAUAUUCGACCUGGAGAUGGUCUCUUCCACGACAGGACCGCCAAGGGUGAACACUUCUAUGCCCGGGAGCCAGAGCCUUUUGUUCUUCACCACGACCGGACUCCGGAGUCGCACAUCCUGGAAGGAAAUGGGUGCCCUGGUCCGGGCAGCCUCACCACCUCCACGCACUUCUUCCGCGGCCAGCCGCUGCCCGCGACCAAGCCACCCAGCCGCCACGUGCCUCAUGAGAAAUUGCAGAGUAACAUAACCCUAGGGGAGCCGUCGCUUCUCGGACAGUUCCUCCAGACUGAGCAAGCGCUCAACCUCCACUUGCUGCAGAGCAACCUGCGCCAGGGCACAGGCGAAAGAGAUUUUUCAACCAUGAACCAGAAGAUGCUGAAGCCACACAGAACAGCUCCAGCCUCCAUGACUGAGGAGAUGCCACAGCGGUGCAAGUAUAGCCACUUGGAGCCCCCGCUGGGGAGACAGCGCUUCUUCUCAACCCUAAACAAGGAUGAGUUUGCUUUCAAGUACCAGGGUCCAGCAGUGCUGAGAUGGGACGACCUCCAGGAGAGUCAUGUGCCCCUCGGCCCCCCCAGACCCCUACCUACCCAUGCCGUAGCCAGCAAUAAACACCACUGUGGCAACAUCCCACCACUUUCCAUCAAUCAGCCAUGA